CAACCGGAAGUGGUCUUAUUAAAUUGUUUUAAUUAUGGCCAUCUGCAACAAACUGGCCAGUCAACUCUCACGAUGAUAUGAUACACCAGCUGACGUGACUUGAGGAUUGUAACUGUUGUGCAGUGCCCCUAGCUCUUUAUCAAUAUUUGGACUCCAGUAACAACCAACGUGGCGUGGUUUUCGCAGUAUAUAGGCAUCCAUUGUCAUCGUUUAAAGGGAUUUGUGACAGUGAUGCAAUUUCGAACUUCGUAUUCUGACUAAUAAAUAGAAGUGACAUUCAACCAGCGAAAAUGAUCAGUGGACUUUUGGGAGGUUUUGGGAAGUGGUCUAGAUUGACCGGAAGUUCAGACGAUGAUUGGAUUGAUCGUCUUAACCAUAUAUGGACAGUGGUGAUGCUGUCACUAUUUGCGGUAAUUGUAAGUUCAGGUCAGUAUGUUGGUGACCCAAUUCAAUGCUGGUGUCCGGCAGAAUUCACAGGUGCAAGAGUGUCAUACACAAAAUCUGUUUGUUGGAUUUCAAACACGUACUACAUUCCCGAAGAAAAUGAGAUACCAAAGGAUACAAGGGUACGAGAAGAAGCAGAGAUAACUUAUUAUCAGUGGGUGCCCCUUAUAUUCCUCAUUCAGGCCCUCAUGUUCAAACUUCCUAAUGUUGCUUGGCACAUGUUGAAUGGAUACUCUGGGAUAAGUCUUGACAAAAUCACAACAAUGGCUGAAGAUACAAUGCUGGCAUCACCAGAAAAACGUAACGAAAAGAUAAUGUAUAUCGCUAAAUACAUGAAUCGAUGGAUUGAAACACACAGAGAUUGGCACUACAAUUUCUUUGUACGAAUGAGACAGAAAUUCUCCAACAUUUUAUGUUUCUGUAUCGGGAAGAGAGACGGAACCUAUCUUACUGGAUUCUAUUUGUUUGUCAAAGCUCUCUACUGUGUGAAUGUCGUCAGUCAGUUUUUCUUGCUUAAUGAGUUCAUGUCUAUGGACUACAAUCUGUUUGGAGUUGAAGUGAUAAGCUUUCUGAUGGCGAAUGAUGAGUGGAAGGCAUCGCCACGUUUCCCACGUGUCACACUCUGUGAUCUUGAGAUCCGUCAGCUCAACAAUAUACAGCAAUGGACAGUCCAGUGUGUCCUGCCAAUCAAUCUAUUUAAUGAAAAGUUGUUCAUCUUUUUGUGGUUCUGGUUAUUAUUUGUUACAGUAUUAACUUUCAUUAACUUCUCUAGCUGGCUGUAUCAUAUAGUCUUCAGCGAGAACAAAGUUCACUACGUGAGAAAAUACCUCACUAUACUUGGACAGUUAGAGACAGGUUUCGACAAAAAAGUUUCUCGUAAAUUUGCUGAGGAAUAUUUACGUGGAGAUGGGGUGUUUGUUCUUCGGGUUGUUGGUAAGAAUUCCUCAGAUAUGGUGUUAACAGAUUUGGUUCAACACCUCUGGAAAGUGUUCAAGGAAGAACAUUGUAAACUGCCAAAAAAAGAGGAUAAAAGUGUUUCGGAAUCAGAACCAACAGAAAGAGAUAUGAUGAAUGGGGAUGUGAUUCGUGCCAAAGACAACAACUUCAAUGUAUGAACUUGUGACCACAAUGCUCAGAAAAUUAAGAUUUGUUCUGUUGUUUGAGAUUAUUUUGGUAUUUUACUUGUAGUAUGUAUUAUAAUGUUAUGUAUAAAGUUUUGUCAAUAUUGUCAAUACAAAUGUAUCAUUUUGUUACUCAGUUCUUGUUAAACUACAGCUGGACACUUUUGACAUAACAAAUUAUCAGAAAGGGAUUGAAGUUUGUGACCAAAUUGAAGGCAACAUUGAUUAAUUUAUUGGUUCAUACUGUGCAUGCUAACAAUAGUUUUCAACCUAUAAGAUAGCUUUUGUACUUUAGUUGUUUUAUUACCAAUUUAUCUGUAUAUAUAUCAACUUGUGUUGUAUUUAGUAAUUAUGAAAUAUGUUAAUCUCUUAAAUUAUACAUUUACUCAUUUCUGAAUUAAGCCUGAUGUAUUCGGUCACACAGUUCUUUCUCAUUUAUAGCUCUUAAAAAUUCAAAAUAUCAACUGACCAGCUGUACACAAUUAAGAAAUUUUUGUUUCGGAAAUUUUCACAUACAUUAUGUGUGUAUUUGCUAUGUGUUGAAUAGACGUACUAAAGUGUGUGUCAACAUAUCACAUGAUCUGUAGCCACAGUAACAUUAGUAUAUGUCCUUAUUAGGCAAGAUUGCAAUAAUUUUGUAUUGUAAUGUUCAUAUCUCUAGUCAGUAUUGGUUCUUUUAUAUUCAGUGAUGAUAAUGAAAAUUAAUACUGCAGUUUUGUUACCUCGUCAUCGAAUUUUAUGUGACAGCUGAUGGGUUUAUGAAUGAAUCUUGUUACCUUAGAGUUUACCAUUAAGAAUAAGUGAAUACAGUAAUAAACAGCAUUGGAUUGUAGUGGGUGGAGUCUUAGAUAAAAAAUUAACAGAAAAGUUGUCAUUGUGAAAAAAAUAUUGAUCAUGAUAUUGCGUUUUACAUUGAUGUAUGUAUGUAGUGUUGUAAUAUUUGUAGGAUUGUAGGGGCAUUUUGUUUACUCGCAUUAUAUGUUGUGAUAAUACAGGACUUUCUAUUUGGUAGAUCUAUAUCUUGUAUCAAAUGAUCAAGUAUUUCUAAAUUGUAAAGGAUUAAUAUUCUGUGCAAUAAGCAAUAGAAAUAUAUGUCUUCUCCUUCUUACUUAAAUCUUGACAUUUUAGCUGAUGUAACUAAACCUCAGAGUUGCUGAUGUCCAUGCUUAUACACUAAAAAAUCAAUGUCUUUUAUUUCUGUUGUAAUCAGUGAAAAUUGUGGGGGGUUUUUUGGAGGGGGGAU